AUGAUGACCACCUCCCACACCAACGCUCCCAGCCCCAACAUGCCCAGACAUCAACACCAAGACCAAUUACGCGGCAUCAAGCAGCCGAGUGGCAGCAUCCAGUACUUGCCACGCUCGGAAGACAAAGACAUGACGUCUGGAGAAACCUACGAGGACGUCAACAGCGCAGCAAUCAACCCCAACAGCAUGGACGACCAGCAACCGCAAGGAAAAGAGAUGGAUAAAAUCAUCUUUGACACCGGCGUCCAGGAGUUCAUCCUCAGGGCAGCUAAUUUUUGGACCGAUGACCUCGGAGGCGCCGGCGACAUUAUCAACGACUUGGCCUACAAACUGAGAGGGCUGCUUACUCUCAUUGGCAAACCCAUUACCCGCUACCUCCACAUCGGCACCUAA